AUGGCUGGCUUAAUAUCUUGCUUUUCAGGAACUCUAAAAUUGUGUACUAUUUGUCUUUUUUUUUUCCUUUCGCAGAUUGAAAAGCUUAGUGACACACAAUGCCAGCCUGAAUCACAGCUUAAGUUCAUAACGGAGGCCUGGUUACAGAUUGUUGAAUGCAGGAGGGUGCUGAAGUGGACAUAUGCAUAUGGGUACUAUUUACCGGAGCAUGAACAUGCUAAAAAGCAGUUCUUUGAGUACUUACAAGGUGAGGCAGAAUCUGGUUUGGAGAGACUUCAUCAAUGUGCUGAAAAGGAAUUACAGCUAUUCCUAAAUGCCGAUGGGCCAUCCAGAGAAUUCAAUGACUUCCGCACCAAACUAGCUGGAUUGACCAGUGUGACUAGAAACUACUUCGAGAAUUUGGUGAGGGCAUUGGAGAAUGGUUUAUCUGAUGUGGAUAGUAAUGGGGCUGCUUCGAGCAAAGCAACGAGCUCCAAAAAUGCAGCAGGGAGCAGCAAAGGGAGAGGAGGAAGAGGAAAAACAACUAUCCGAACUAGCAUAUCCAGCAGAAUGACUGAUGAUAAUCAUUGGUCUUGUGAACAUUGUACCUAUGCAAAUGUUAGGUCUGCCACCACAUGCCAGAUGUGCAAUCAACAGCGGCGAUGACUUGGAUCCUCCAUUAGAAAAAAAUGUUUUCUGCCUCAGGCCAAUGCACCGAAAGCUGAAAUGGAGUCUUUACUUCCUGUUAUAUCAUAUACUGGCUCCCUUUUUGUAAGGCUGUUUUAAUGUGAAAGGGGGUUAAGUCGCGUAAGAAAGGUUAUCCUCCUCGCACGCCUAUCCUAUUGGAUACACCACAAUUUAAUGUAUAUAAUGUUUUAUCUUAAACUUUCAGUGUUGGGUUUAUGCAACAGGCUUCUGUAACUGAAUAUCAUACACAGAACAUACUGGAGAUGAACACAAAUGUGCUUGUUUGUGUCCUCUGAUUUCUUCUGAAUCUCUCUGCAGCUUCUUUAAUUUUA